AUGGGGGAUCCAUACGCCGCCAGAGACCACUGUACCCUCUUUCUACCCACCUGUGACCAGCUGGCCCCCCAAGACUUCCAGAGAGCAAACUCCUAUCAGUGGUUUGACUUGUCCUCGGGUACCACGGCGGAUGACUUGCCAAGCAGUGCAAAGGGUUCCACAGAUGAGCUUGACGCACAUAUGGAUCCAGUGCCUGAAAGCAGCCGUGGAGACUCCGGCCGCAAAGCUGCUCUCGCACACGUGAGCGGCGUCACACUUGUCGAUGAGCCUCCUUUCCUGAGGCUCACCAGCCAUGAAGAGAAGCGACACCACGAAAUGAGCCCUUCUCCAGCUUUCCAAAGCUCUGAUGAAAACAUCACUGCUCAAAGAAGCCCCUCGGAGGCAGCCCACAAGACAGCCAGGAUGUCUGGGACAGCCGUCCUCAGCACAGAGCCGGACUGUCUGCUGCAGGAGACGUGGUCCGGGGCUCUGACAGCAGGAUGUACCGGCUCCUUCAAGGCCUUCCAGGGCCAGCCGGGCGGUGGGGGAAAAGAGGCUCUCAAGGCCAGGAGGGCCGAGAAGGGAGGCGAGGGGGGCCGGGUCCCCCGGGGCCCGCAGGACUGCCCUCCCUCUACCUCUGGAGGAACACCGAGGAAGACUGGACCGCUUUUGAGACACAGCCGGGCCCUGCAGGACCAGCAGGGGAAAUGGGAAAGCCUGGCCCUCCGGGCAUUCCCGGUGAGCCUGGGAGCAGAGGACUGCCGGGACACAGAGGAGCUCUGGGACACCCUGGACCGAGGGGCGUCCCUGGGAAGGCAGGAAAUUGGGGCAAACACGGCCAGCAUGGUAUGGAUGGGCAUCAUGGGCUCCCAGGCCCACCCGGGCCCCAGGGUUUUAAAGGAGAAGAAGGAGACGCUGGACCUGCUGGCCUCCCUGGUCCGUCUGGCAAAAAGGGCUUCCAGGGGCUUCCUGGACCACCAGGGCCACAGGGAGCCCCUGGGUGCCCCAGGUGGAACUGGCAUGAUUGGACCACAGGGCAUCAAUGGCUCUGAGGGAGGUCCAGGUCCCACUGGUCUACGAGGUCGCAAAGGCCCUCCGGGCCCCAUAGGUUUAACAGGGGAGAGAGGCCUACCUGGAUCUAGAGGAGCCCAGGGACAUCCAGGGAUCACCGGCCCCCUUGGUUCAAAAGGAGAUACGGGCGAAAUAGGACCCAUCGGAACAAGGGGAAUGCUCGGCAUUGAAGGGGCAAUGGUGAUCCUUAAACGUUACCAGUUUUCCAUUCAGGAGCUCUGUACAUAUCAAGAUGAUUUCCAGAAUGAACUGAAAGGCUCCACUGACAGCAAGUUGACUUAUGGCCUCCGUGGUGCAGGAAUGACUGGAAUUCCUGGUCUGACGGGGUUUCCAGGUGCCACAGGCUUUAGAGGACUGGAUGGGCACAAUGGAGUUUCUGGACCCAAAGGAGACAAGGGACCCCCUGGCAUGGAGGGGAUUCAAGGCCAACAAGGAGAAAGGGGCAAGCGUGGCCUUCCCGGUCUCCCAGGGGUGAGAGGUCAACCUGGGCCGCAAGGACACAUGGGUGAAGAGGGUGAGGGUGGCCUCCAAGGAAUGAUUGGAAAUCAGGGGCGAAAGGGUCGUGCAGGGCUCCAAGGCCUGUUUGGUCUACCUGGAAAACCGGGUUAUAGAGGCCAUGAGGGGGUUGAGGGAGCAGAAGGAAAGCCUGGUACACAGGGUCCUCCUGGCUUAGUUGGCAUCCCCGGGCUGAAAGGACCUAGGGGUCCACCAGGAAAGCCAGGCCAAGAUGGCGUCCCUGGACCAGUGGGUGAGCGGGGCUUUACGGGGAAACCAGGGGUCCUGGGGCCUCAAGGGCCAGUCGGCAUGUAUGGUCCUCCAGGCCAGUCAGGAGUAGGGGGCAGCAUGGGGAGCCCUGGGCCCCCAGGUAGUCAGGGACCUCCUGGGCCACAAGGGCCAGCUAGACCCAGAGGGUUUCCAGGCAAUCCUGGGACAGGUGGAUUCAUGGGUGAAGCUGGAGAAAAGGGAGAGCAGAUCACACAUGGUGCCUCCAAGAUCAUCCACUCCCCUACAGCCAACCUCUCAGACGUGAACAACGGAGCCAUCACACGCCUUGCCCUCACAAUAGGCAGCCCAGGCCCAGUUGGUGAGGAGGGAACUCCUGGAACAAAAGGCUACCAGGGAGCUCCAGGCCCCCUGGGACGAGCGGGCCCCAAGGGACCAAAAGGAGACUCGGGGCCCUUGGGCUCCCAAGGACUGCAGGGUGAGCCUGGGCGGAAGGGCAAAGAGGGAGAUGUCGGAGAGAUGGGCAGUACAGGGAAUCCAGGAGCCAAAGGACAAAAGGGCUUUCCUGGUCUGUCUGGAAUGCCCGGGCCUGAUGGAGCACUGGGACAAAAGGGUGAAACUGGUCCUGCUGGUUUGACUGGGAUCUCUGGGACUUCAGGUCCAAAGGGGCUGACCGGGACAAGAGGUCCUAAAGGUGACGUGGGAAAACUGGGGCAUAAGGGAUCAGCAGGAACCAUGGGAAGACUCGGUGAUGUCGGUCUGAAGGGUUUUGCUGGACCAGUAGGGUCUGGAGGAGAUCCUGGAGAGAAAGGGGAGUCAGGAAUGACGGUGAGAGGAGCCCAUCAGUUUCAAAAAGACAUCUUUACGAGUACAUGGGUCCUGAGGGUCUGUCAGGUGACAGAGGACCGACAGGGUUGCCGGGAUCAGAAGGGCCAAAAGGUGGACCUGGGCCCGAGGGAAGAAAAGGACAAAAAGGUCAAAAGGGGAAGAGAGGAAAAGCUGGAAAUGGAGGCUUCAGAGGACAUCGAGGGGAAAAGGGGGGAAAGGGACCGAUUGGUCCAUUUGGUCCUCCAGGAAGACAAGGUGCUUAUGGUGCUGCCGGCCUACGUGGCGAAAAAGGUGAAAUGGGCGGAGCGGGCUCGCAGGGGGACGCUGGAACGCUUGGACCACCGGGGCCUCGUGGUGGACAGGGCUUUAAGGGGGAACAAGGCCCGACUGGGGGGUGAUAUUGGUCCAACUGGGAGACGAGGUACUCCAGGCCUACCCGGGCUUCCUGGUUUGUUUGGGCAGAAGGGCCUAAAAGGAUUUCCUGGACCGCCAGGCCAUGUUGGAGAGAAGGGCUUACCUGGUCCUCCUGGACAACCUGGGCCACCAGGACCAUCGCUGAACCUUACACUGUCUCAGCUGAAGGAUGUCAUGUACCUAUCAGACAAGCCCAAUUUUGUCUUGGUCCGGACCCUUUUGGACUUCCUCCGCAGAGACCUCCGAUGGUUCCUCGAUCCACCGGAUGGCACCAAGGAGCACCCGGCCAGCACAUGCCUGGAGCUGUGGCUAGCACAUCCCGACUACUCCAAUGGAAAUUAUUAUAUUGACCCUAACCAGGGUAGCCCUGCCGAUGCAAUUCUGGCUUACUGUGACUUCACAGCAGAGCCCAAAACCUGUUUGACUCCACUCCAACCUCAGGUUGCUGUAAAGCCUUGGCUGAGAGAUUCCAGCACCAACAUUUCAUUCCAUUGGUUGAGUACAUUUGACGAGGGCUUCCAGUUUGAGUAUCCUGGAGCGAACGUGGUACAGAUGAGGUUCCUGAGAUUGAACAGCAGGUUCUCCACCCAGAACGUCACAUACUCCUGCCACUCGGGGAGCAGGCAGGGCCUCAGAGAGAGGGAAGUCAAGUUCCUGGCUGAUAGCAGGAGGCAAAGUUACCUGGGAGCUUUACGAGACUGCGUGCGCUCUGAGCAGCUGGACUCGGGACCCGUGGAAUCCGUGUUCCAGUUCGAGAGUGAAGACCUCCAGCUGCUUCCACUUAGGGACAUCGCAGUGCUGGGCAACAACGAGCUAACCCAGGAGUUUGGCUUCACCGUAGGGCCUGUGUGCUUCAGUUAG